AGCGCAGUUUACGCAGAAUAAAACAUCCUUGGUCCCAAUGACAGCUCAAAUUCCUUGUGACACAGGGAUGACUAAUUUCCCAGCCGGUGUUUGUUGUAUGAUAAGAAAUCCUGUGACUAAUGUCACUUCAACUCUUUCAUCACCGUGUGUGAGCAGUGCUUGUGACCAUUUGUUCACGGAAUUUGAUCGGUAGCACAAUGACAGUAUUUUAAACGCGGAAACUAGGUAGAAACAACUGACGUAAACAUGUUUUUAUUUGAGCGCUGUAUCCGUAAGUUUCGUAAGUUAUUUUAGUUUUUUCGCUUCUAAAUGCAUUGUUUACAGAAUCGGAAUAUUAAUUAGGUUACUAGGUCGAAAGGACAAGAAUGGAAUUGAUAACUGCAUGCAUGUUAUUAUUCUUGGUAAUAGUGUGCGCCACCAAGGACAAACGUGUUGCAUCAGGCUAGAAAUUUUGCGCGCUGUGUUAUGAUGUUAACGCGUUGUAUACGUAUCGAAUUUUUAAUUUGGCUACGGCGGCAUAAAUUUGAAUAAGAGGGUUGUUGCUGUCAUAAUUAUGAAUCUGCAGAUUUUUACACACCGUUCAGCACUAAUUUGACGCCAUAGUAUUAAAGAAUUCCCUACUUGAACCAAGCUGUCCUACUUCAACCCUGAUGAUGGAGUCAACUGAAAGAAGACCGAGUAGUGACUAUACUGAAAUAAUUAGCCGUCUUCCUCUAAAACACCGUUUAGCCUAUGGUGUUGGCCAUGUUUUGAAUGAUAUAUGUGCGUCUAUGUGGUUUACUUAUCUUCUAGUAUUUUUUCAUUUGGUGCUACAGUUCAACAGUUUUUUAGCUGGCCUAGUGUUGUUAAUUGGACAAAUAGCAGAUGCAGUAGCCACACCAUUUGUAGGAUAUCAGUCGGAUAGAGAUGACAACUUUUGGCUUUGCAAGUACGGAAGACGCAAAACAUGGCAUUUGUUUGGUACAGUGUGUGUCCUAUUCAGCUUUCCUCUGAUAUUCUCACCGUGCUUGAACUGCGAACAUAGCCAUCAGUGGGCUCAGCUUAUAUAUUAUUCUGCAUUUGUUAUCAUCUUCCAGUUGGGUUGGGCAUCAGUACAGAUUUCACAUCUUUCACUAAUUCCUGAUCUCACACCAAGUGAGCAUGAACGCACAGAAUUGACAGCUAUAAGGUAUAGUUUUACAGUCUGUUCCAAUGUAUUUGUGUACAUUAUUACAUGGGCAAUUUUGCACUUCACAAGUGAAAAUUCAGAAGCACAAAUAGGCCCAAAAGAUUUAACAAAAUUUCAGAAUGUGUCACUGAUUGGGAUUGGAGUUGGUGCAUUUGCCUCUCUGAUAUUUCAUCUGGGUGUCAAGGAAGCACCACCACGCAGUGAUGGCUUAAUGCAUGGUCCAGGUGGCAGACGCACAGCAUUACACAUGCUGAAAGAUAUUCAGCUUUAUCAGGUUGCAGGAGUGUAUAUGGCAACUAGGCUCUUUGUCAAUCUCAGCCAGGUUUACAUCCCUCUGUACCUGCAUGAGUCACUGAGUAUGAAUGCAGAAAGCUUGGCAAUAGUUCCACUUGUCAUGCUUCUGUCCAGUUUUGGAACAUCAUUGCUGAUCAAACUGUUAAACAAGAAACUUGGCAGAAAGGUAGCGUAUUUAGUAGGUGCUGCUGUGGGGUUUGCUGGGUGCUUAUGGAUCCAAUUUGGAUAUGGCAGUGCAUUUGUUAGAUACGAAAUCUAUGGUGUUGCAGUUUUAUUGGGUGCUGGAGGUUCCAUAAUGUUGGUGACAAGUCUUGGUAUCACAGCUGACUUUAUUGGGCAUAAUACUGAAAGUGGUGCAUUUGUAUAUGGGGCAAUGAGUUUCACUGACAAAUUGUCAAAUGGAGUUGCUGUAACUAUAAUACAGACGUUGAAAUGUGGCGCACUGUGUGUCGGCUACUACCGAGAUGUAAUGACAUAUGUGUGUGGUGGUGCAGCUUUAUUUGGUGUUGUUGCUUUAGUGACCCUGAUGCCAUUCCAGAUAGGUAGAAGAAAGGAUGGUGCGGCACCACCAUACCGUUCACUGACUUCUGAAGAACAAACAGAUGGCUUUGUUAAUGCCAGCAUCCAAAAUGAAAAUCAAGCUGGCCUGAUAUCUUAAUAUAUAAUUGUUGUUACUAUAUGACUGUUGACUGUGAUAUAUUUUGUAAAUGGUACUGACUCAUAAUCUUAGUCACUUAUAAUUUGUUGUUGUGUGUGAAGUUUUAUUGUACCUACUGUUUCAUCAAGUAUGUGUGCAAUGAUUGCUUUAGCAAAUGUUGUAUUUAUUUAUUUGUUGUUUAAUGAGUGUAGUUUUAAAAUGUUUUGCACAGACACUACAUGGAAGAUAACUGGCAGGAGACUUUCAAAACCAUAUUUCAAAAGUUUUGUGAUGUUGCUUCCUAGACAAUGCAUUUUUAAAAAAGAUUACAAGUAGUACCGUUUUAUUUAAUUAAUUUAUUUAUUUUUAAUACUGCUUGCUCUAUUGCUAAAGAAUUUCAUUCUAUAGUUUCAUCUCCAGGUAGAAACUGGAUUAGUGUAUUAACAAGAUGAUUUAUUGCUAACACUGCACAACUUUAAUAGGGAGUUUCUGUGAACAGAUUUUAUUCGUAGCAUGUGUGUUUGACUUUCAAGAAUUCCCAUAUGUAACCAUAAUAAGAGGUAUUUGUAUUUCCCACUCCAUUUAUGGUUGACAACCUGAAACUCUGUUUUGGCAAACGGCUAGUAGUUACCUGAUCUUUGUACUAUGUACAUAAUUUGAUAAUGCUACAAAACACUUUGUAAAACUUCUUGUUAAAUGUAAUACAAAUGGGAAAUUUUAUAUUGGACUAAGUUUCAAAUAUGCACAAUUGUUGCAAACGGUUUAGAUAACCACUUUUGAUAUUAUGAUAUUAGUUUACACUACAUUGGAGAACAUUUUUGUAAUCCAACUGAAUGUGGCCUUUUAUGCUAUGGUUAAUACUUUUAUUUCAGUUAUCAAUUUCCAAAAAAAUGAAAGACGCUGACAAUAUGCCAUACAGUACUCUUAAAGGCCAAUGUAACCAGAUCCAAUUCCAUAUUAGCUUUCUUGUAUCUUCUGCAAAAUUACUUCAGGUUUUACUCUUACACUUAUUCUCUCUCCUUUCAUUUCCUCUGUACUGGGGGUGUCUUGUAGGAAAGGCAUAUUGUAGCUAGUCAGCAACAGGAGUAGACGUUCAAAGUAACAUAAUUGAAACGAUUUCCAAAACAUACUUUUUUAUUUGUUAUUUAUGUGAACUUGAAAGCUGGAGGUAUAGGUUUAUGGGUAAUUAAAGCCAUUUAUAAGAACCAUUCAUUAACUAGACAUCUUGUGUGAAUAUUUUAUGAGCAAAUUGGCACCAUUUUCUGAAUUUGAGUGCAGACACAUUUCGUUGGUAGACAUGAUCUUCGAGAUAGUUCACUCUUAGAUUCCAUUCAUAUACCAUAAGAAACUAAUAGUUGACAAUUGUAAUUGAUUUUCAUGUUGACCUCUGAAUUCUUUAACAGCAUGUUUGAGAAAGGUGUCAUAGUUUUAGUGUUCAAAUCAUUGAAUUAAGUGCACUUGAGUCUUCAUAUAAGUUAUUUGUUUCUUUUUUAAUAUUAACCCAUUACGCUGUCCACAAACUUAAGAUUGCAUUACGUUAUCACCUUUUGUAUCUUAUAUUCCUCUUCAAAUUUUCACUUACAAAGUCUGCACUUGCCAAAUUUCAUUUCACUGAGGCCUCUUGUAUGUGUUUGUACUUAGUACACAGAAAAUUUAAAAUAUUUACAUAAAAUUUAUGCUCACACAUUUGCGUUGCAGAUCAGUGUCUCACCAUAUCAUGCAGUGGUAUUGUAGCAGCAUGCAGCAUGGCAAAUGUCUGGUGAUAUUUAGAGAGUGAAUUUUACACUGUGGCAGUAUUUAAAUAUUCAUUCUACCCUACAGGUAGCAGACUGGAAUUGAUGUUGUACCCAUCGGUUACAUGUAGCCACAGCAUCAUUGACUGUAGGUCCUUCCAGGCAGUUGCUGGUGUGGUUUCUUGUUUUUAUCAGCAAGUACUCUUUCUUUGCAGAGCUGUUGCCAAGCUUCUAUGUCUCAAUAGAUUCUCCGUAUAUAAGGUUUGAUAGCUCUUGAUGGCAUAUCUUAUGUGUGCCAUCAAUUUUUUAUUUUUAUUUAUUUAUUUAUUUUAAUGAUAUGUCACGCUGAAUCACAGCCACCAGUGCCGAUUAUUUCAGCGAACCUGUCAUUGAAUUGUAAUUUUCCACAGUUCUGUGGUAUUCCUCAAACUCCCUACGCUGUGAGUAGUUCUAUCUUUUUGUCGGUUUGUGUACCAUCUUUAUGCUACGCUUGCAUUGGAAUUCCUGAUAUUUCCUCUUGUGGUGUAUCUCAGGCUUGGUCUUAGUGAUGCUCCUGGCACUCGUGGUGUUAACUGCAUUCCUCUUUGUGUCUGAAGUGCUGUGGCUCACAUACUCAUCUCAUAUGGACUUAGAGUAGUGAUGAUACUUUUCUGCAAAAUGUCAUAAAAUAGUAUCCCACAGGACAAUGCAAGGAGAGCACUUAAAGUCUGCACAAGUACAACCAUGAAAGCCUUAUUAUCACAUCAGUGGCAGUGCACUUCUUAAUUUUUGUCACCUAAUUUCUGUACAGGAAUACAUCUUGCAUAGUGAAUGUCAAAAAAUUGUUCUGAAUGUGUCUUCAAUUGAAAAUUUUUGUUCAGCCAUGUUGUGUUGCAUAGCUAUGUCAUUAGGCUUUAUAAUUCUUUUCUCAGAAAUCUGAUCAAAUUUAAACAUAGAAAGUGAAAUUAAGGUGUGUGUGUGUGUGUGUGUGUGUGUGUGUGUGUGUGUGUGUGUGUGUGUGUGUGUGUGUGUGUGUUCUUAUAAAACUGAAACAGCAUGUUUUAUGAGUAGCAUUGAUACACUGAUGUGCAGGGUUAAAUUAAAGAAAGAUGCUUAAUGUGUAGCCAUUUGGGAAACAAAUAUUAACAAUAUUGUGUUAAAAGACCCAGGGUAGACAACUGAUUUAUGCUGGCAUAAAAAUGUUCCAAACAUCAGAUUUGAAUCGCCUUGCUCACUAAGUGUACAGGCUAAAAGAAUUACCAUAAACACUACGGAACAGGAGAAACAUAAAAAUUCUAUUAGCAAUGUUCUGUUUUAUAAGAGUAAUUGUAUAAUAUUAUUGAAUCAUAGUUAAAUGUUUUCCUCUGACACAAUUUCAAGAGUCCAUAAAGCUUGAUAUGGCCAAGUGUUGUUUUUAAAAAAGCUAGAAAAAUCGUAGUUGGCAUCUGUAUUGAAAAGACUUACAGGUUAAGCCUCCAUUACUGCGUAGAAUUGAGUUUUGCCACCACCCCCACCACCACCACUCAGGUUAUUAAGAUCUAUUGUUAGGUGCCUUUGUAUAUAAACAAACUUGAGUAGUUAUCCCCACCUACAGAAUAUUUUUCCUUAAAUAGUUUUAUUGGUGCUAAAUGUGUAAAACUAAUCAAGUCAGAACCUGAAGGAAAAUGUUCAAAUCUAAAUUGCUGAUUUUUUUUGUGCUAAAUUUUGAAUAAUAUAUAGUAGUUCAAGAAUUUUUUUGCUUUGACAUGUCUUGAAACUUAACUCUCUGUGUCGAUGUAGUGAAGGUUUUCCUUAUGUUUAAUUAUUAUGGAAGCUCCUCAGUGAGUUUAUUAUAGAAACAUUGUAUAUUACAGUAUCAGUCAGACCACGUAGUUGCAGCUCACGGAAUGUAGAACAAAAACAACCUGAAAAAUUAGAAUUGCCUAUGAGCUUGCAAGUGCUAUUUGAUAUGUCCUCUCUGUAAUUGUGGGCCGUAGUUCAAACGUGUUCAUAAAUAGGGCCAAGAGAAAUGCUGCUUUACUUAAAGCUUUCAUAUAAUUGUAUAUGUGACGACAAAUUCUUAUUUGAUAUUUCCGUCCAAUAAGGUAUUUUCUCCUGUAAAAUCCUCUACUUUUUAUAACUUAUUGCUGUCACACUUUAUCACAAAUUUGUGAUAAUUUUGACUUGGGAAAAGUAAUGUUUCAAAGGAAUAUUUUUUUAACUUUUUCAGUUGAAUGUGAAACUCCUAUUACAUGUAAGAGUGAAUAAUCUGAAUACCACUCUGCACUUUUAAGUUGCAUGGUUUCAGCUGUGUUUGUCUUAAAUUAUUAUGACAUAGACUUCCUGAAUACUCGUUAUGUUAAUUAUUUGUACCUCAAAUAUAAUGACACUUAUGUGAAAGUACGUCAUUACAAUGCUGAAUGUGGGUUACCCAAUCUCUACAUUUGUGUUUUGUCCUCCAUUGAAGGUUAUAAUGUUGUGUCUCACUAAAUGAAUUAAUCUCUCUUAGCACCAAAUGUAACCGGCAUUUCCUGUAUGAUAAUUCUUGUUAGUCUUCUAAUAACAGCUCAGAUCCUGACCAGUUUCUUCCUAACCACAUUCAUGGUUUGAAGAUUUUGUACUUAAUAUUUUAAUGCCAACAUUGAUAUGGGUAGCACUUGUGAAAUGUAUUCUGUAUUAAUCAAAUUAAGAAAUUGAAUCUGCUGAAGAUAAAUGUUCCUACCCCUUGAAUCUCCUAUAAGUCACAGUUAUUGAUUUUCUCUGAUUAUUUAUUUAUGUUUUGCAGUCAGCUUUGAUGAGAUAAAGGCUAUAUAUUCACAUGCAUUUUAUUUUUGUUUUUGAGUUGGCUUUAGUUUCAGGUUCAGGUAUUGUCCUGUGACAAUUAUCCCUUCCAGAAAUAUAAUAUUAGCCUUUAAGACAAAAUUCUGUUGCCCUGUUUUUGCCAUUGAUUCCUACAGAUAUCAAUGAAUAACAUUGUGUACCUGAAAAAUGUGUAUUUUUCAGCUCUUGCUGCUGGCUCUUUCAGCAUAAACACUUGAAUAUGUUGCAAAUACUCACUCAUAAAUUAUUUGUAGAAUUGUUACUUUAAGUUGUCCUGUCAGAAGUGUAAGCACUUAGUUUUGUAUUACUAUGUAAUCAGAAGGUUUUUUGAAAACUGCUUUUUGUGUAUCCUUUACUUAUUAAAAUUGCAAGACCAAGACAUUGUUUUCAUAGCUUGUUGUUCUUAUUUAUGGAUCACAAAUCUUCAUUGUCUCUUAUAUAAUUUUAAAAGCACUAUUGUGAAUGUCGUCGUGGUACUAUGUUUGAGUCGAUAUGGAAGAAUUAGUGUGUUCUAAGGUGACACAUUUUUUAAAGAGCACAAAGAGAGAUAUUUAAUUAGCACAAUGUGAUAAAUUAUAUUUUAUAACCUGCAGAAGUUUAUUUAUGUGAACCAUUUAUAUUUAUUCAGCACAGUAUUUUAUGAAAAUAAAAUUUAAAAUCGUUUCUUUAAA